AGAAAACUUGGCAGUUAUGCAUGCUAAUAUGGAACAUACUUUAUUCUUGCCCGUGCCGGUUGUUGCUUGACGUGAUUGUGACUAGUCGCUUUUCUCUUAAGAGUUUGGAUCUAAUACAAGGUCUUAGACUAAGAUACAUAAUAUGCCAUUUUUAUUAUUAACAUAGUUAUGCGGUUUUAUCUAUUAGCCAUCGACAUUAUGCAUGAAGCCUCGCUGCUGGUCAGGCGUUUUGAAGGGCACAGUGCGGAGAAGUGAUAUUCCUCCCUUUCGAUUGAUUUGUUAUAGUCAUGCCUUCCAACAAAUCGUUCCGGACCAAGGUCAAGCUUGGCAAGAAGCAAAAGCAGAACCGUCCUUUGCCCCAUUGGUUCCGCAUGAAGACUGACACCAAGAUUCGCUGGAACGCCAAGAGACGCAACUGGCGCCACACCAAGCUCAACAUCUAAAGCAGAGCAAUCUCUCGAA